ACCCCUCUCACAUCUCAAAUUCUAAAGCCAACCUUUCACAAAAUCUCUGCAACUCGUCAAACUCCAAACCAGAGAAUCAAAAAUGUCACUCACCAUACCCACUAGCUUCACCAAACCCAUCUCCAAACCCCAAUCGUCCUUUUCCUCCAAACCCAUCUCCAAAUCCAUCCUCUGCUCAACCUCCCACCCAUCAUCAUCACCAUCACCACCACUACCAGAAGAAUCACAACCCCUCAAAUCCUUCUCAGCUGCCUUAGCUCUAUCUUCCAUCCUCCUCUCCUCCGCCGCCGUCUCCCCUCUCCCGGCUUCCGCCGACAUCGCUGGACUAACCCCAUGCAAGGAAUCUAAGCAAUUUGCCAAACGUGAGAAGCAACAACUCAAGAAACUUGAAUCUUCCUUGAAACUAUAUGCUCCAGAUUCAGCUCCAGCACUAGCACUUAAAGCCACCAUGGAGAAGACCAAACGUAGGUUUGACAAUUAUGGUAAACAAGGCCUCUUGUGUGGAACAGAUGGGUUGCCUCACUUGAUUGUGAGUGGUGAUCAAAGGCACUGGGGUGAGUUCAUUACACCAGGGAUCUUGUUCCUUUACAUUGCUGGAUGGAUCGGGUGGGUGGGUCGGAGCUACUUGAUUGCAAUCCGAGGUGACAAGAAACCAACCCAGAAGGAAAUUAUCAUUGAUGUGCCAUUGGCUAAUAGUUUGGUGUGGAGAGGUUUCAUCUGGCCUGUGGCUGCUUAUAGAGAGUUCGUGAAUGGUGACCUAGUUGUUGAUGAUGCUGAUGUCACUGUUGUGUGAAGAGGAAGAUCUUAAGGAGGGGAUGAAGGGAAAGGUUUGGAUGAUGAUGAUAAAGAGAAGAGUGAGCUUUGAUGGGGACUUUGGAAGAGUUAGUUGCAGAGAGGGAAGAGGUGGUGGGGGUGGAAAAGUCAUUGUAUCUAUAUUUGUACUUUUAUUGAUAUUCUUGUUAAGUAUUUGUAUUUAUUUGUGAUUUUUUUUUUAAGAAACACAAAUUAAUCCGUAUGAGUAUCCCAAACUAAAUUAACGUGAGCUGUGGUUAUAAUGUAGCAAAAAUUUUCUUGUUUUGAGAUAAAAGUGUCAUUACCAUGGCGAUUUGUGAAA